AGAAAAAGCACAAAGCCAAACAGGCCUUUACUCCUUUGCAUAUUGUUCGUCUUCUUCUAAACUAGGGCUUAUUCGGAGGUCACACACUAGACAACAACACCAACAAUCGAUUCAAAUUACAAGGCGGGCUCAAAGCAAAACCGCCAAAUCGCAGAAAAACUGGUUUGUAAUUGAUGGCUGGGAGAGAAGAAAACCGUAUAUUUGUUGGAGGGUUGGCAUCGAAAACCACAGAAAGGCACCUCGAAGAUGCAUUUCGUCGUUGCGGAAAGAUCGUUGAGUCUUUGAUCAUGGUGGAAAGAGAUACUGGUCGUCCUCGUGGAUUUGGAUUUGUAACCUUUGCAGAUCGCCGGGCUAUGGAAGAUGCAAUCAGGGACAUGCACGGUCGGGAAUUGGACGGUCGAGUCAUCUCUGUGAACAAGGCACAGCCAAAAAUGCGCAGUGAAGAUCCAGGCUAUGGCAGAGAACUCAUGUCAGGUGGUAGGGACAGUUAUAGAGGAGGAGGAGACAAGCCAGUUGGGCGAUCAGACUGUUUCAAAUGCGGUCGUCCAGGCCAUUUUGCUCGGGAAUGUCCUUCAGCUGGUGGUAGCAGCGAUCGGUUCUCUUCACAUUCUAGGUUUGGCGGCGGCGGCGGCGGUGGUGGUAGUGGUCAUGGUGAUCGAUUUGGUGGGCUGGAACGUUAUGGUGAUCGAUUAGAUGGGGGACAUUACGGAGACAGGGAUCGUGUGGAUACCAGAGACAGCAGGUAUGGGACCCGUGAUCGCUACAGCCAUGACAGGUAUGCACCACCUGUUGGUGAUCGCUUUGCGGGUGAUAGGUUUAUGGACCGGGAGCCUCAAAAUGGGCAUGGCAAAGAUAGGGUUUUUAGUAGGGAUGAAGGACCAAGAGUUGGCAGUGAUAGGUAUGAAGGCGGGGGAGGGCCAACCCGUUAUGAGAGAGGAAGUUAUAGGGACAGGCCUGGUCCUUAUGAUCGCCCUAGAAGGAGCGGUCAUCCAUCUUCCUACGACCGGUACUGAGGCCUGGCACAGUUGUUUUUGUUUUCCAGUUCAUUGAUGGAUGUUUGUUUUACACCAGCUAGCUACUUGGUGCUUAGCAUUCGAAUUUGGGCAGUUUGUUGAUGAAUGUGCAAGCUAACAUUGCUUUCUUUUCGCUGAUGAAUGUAUUCGGAGAUGAUCUCUUGGCUUAUGAUUUAAUUACUUGUUCAGUGAGCAGGGUGUUUUAGACCUGGCAAUUGUGAAAAGCUGUGAUGAUUUUUCGGCUAUUAUUUGAGUGUCAUCUCUUUACUGGC